AUGCGAAGAGCGUUGCUGAACACAGACAACUGGAUUCGAAUCAAUCCAUGCGAGAUGUUCACCCGGCUAAUUGCCCUCUCGACAUCCCGCAUGAUGGCCGGCGACAUCCUGCGCGAAAAUGAAGAAUGGCUCAACGUUGCAAGCAACUAUGCCGUGAACGUGGGAAUCACAAUCAUCCUACUCCGUCCAGUCCCAAAAUACCUCCGUCCCAUCGUAGCGCCCUUCCUCCCCAGCGUCCGGGAAAUGAAGAAGCAGUUACGGUUCGCGAAAGAGCUUUUUAUUCCGAUUAUCCACGAACGCAGACUCGCACAACAGACUAAAGACCCGAACUAUACCAAGCCAGACGACUUCUUGCAGUGGAUGAUGGACCUGAGCGAGGAAAAGGAUGAGAACCUCGGACCGGAUACACUGGCGCAUCACAUGCUGCUCUUGGUCACACUGGCGGUUACUCAUACCAGCACCAUGGCCCUGUGUCACUGUCUCUAUGAUUUGGUUACUAGACCCGAAUACAUUGAGCCCCUGAGGGAAGAAAUGACCCGGACUCUACCUGAUGGCUGGUAUAAGGCGACUCAGGCUUCGCUGAAGGAGCAGUCCCGCCUGGAUAGUUUCUUGCGCGAGUCUCAACGCUUUGCUCCUCCUGGUGAAUUAAACUUCCAUCGCAUCGUCAAAGAGCCCAUCAUGCUCCAUGAUGGGCUCGUUCUUCCAGUAGAAACACACAUCUGCUUCGCUGCAGGUCCUAUCAGCAAAGAUGAUGCCUACAUCAAAAACCCAAUAGCCUUCGACGGGUUUCGUUGGUGCCAUGACCCCCAGGACCGUUUUGUCCUCACUCCUGAGCUUGCACCUCCCGCUAUGCCGAACGGUGGCCAGAAGAUGCAAGCUGAGAAGCCGAUAUAUUCCGCCCAUUUCGUUACUAUCACCAGUACUAAUAUGCAUUUCGGGUUCGGGGUCCAGGCGUGUCCCGGUCGGUUCUUUGCGGCGAAUACUUUGAAGGCGAUCUUGAGUCGCAUCAUCCUUGACUAUGAGUUUAAAUUCGUUAAAGAUCUGGGAGGGAAAAGACCUGCUAAUCUCGUAGUUGGGGAGCAUAUUCUUCCUAGUAUGAGUACUGAGAUGCUGUUUCGGAAAAGGCCUAUUGGACUUUGA